UACAGACGGUGAUUCAAAAACAUGUCUCCGGCAAAGUAGUAGUACAAAACGUCAGACUUGGAGUGUCCGAUUAGGUUCUAAUGAAACAAUAAAUGAGAUACAGAUUGUCACUACUGAAAUUUCUAUAGCUUCCUUCAAGAACUUUGAAGUUUUUGUAGGAUAUAUUCCAUCUACAGGAAUCGAUGAUGUUGUUAAUAAGCAAACGUGUUUUAAACAAGGAGUUGGUACUCCAAAAUCAAGAACGUUUUCGGUUUUAUGUGAUACGCCUGUCGUUGGAAAUUAUGUAAAAAUUGAGUUUGCUGAAUCGCAAAACGAAUUAGAACUUUGUGAUGUAAAAAUAAACGGAGGUAGAAACUUAGCGUUUAAUCGGUCAGCUUCACAGGUAUCAAAAGCCAAAAGUUGUAGUUCUACAUACUGCAAUGCUGAAGCGUCUUUGGAUGGACAGACAAAUACGACACUAAUGUGGUAUUGUAGCUAUACACGAAGAAAGAUUAAACCUUGGUGGAAAGUGGAUAUUGGUUUUCAAAUACAAAUAUGGAGUGUUCAGAUAUUGUCAUAUAUAGAUAAAAAACACGAGAAUGUACCAUAUGUUGUACACAUUACAAAAAGUAAUGAUUCCGUUGUUGAAAGCCUAUACAGCACACACGAACUUUUGUCUGAUACACAAACUAUUGCGUUAAAUUCAAUGGGCAGGUUUGUGAAAAUAUCUAUAGACCUAGAAGUGAAACAAAAAUUAGCAGUCUGUGAAGUUUUUGUGUUUGGAGAUUGUCCAGCAAACAGGUGUGGGUAUAAUUGCGAGAAACAAUGUCAAUGUGAGCAUGCACCAGUUUGGAAUAAAAUUACCGGAAAUUGUUCAAUAAGAUGCAACAAAAAAGGCAAAGGUUAUCUAUGCAAUAUGCCCUCCAAAACAGACAAUGACUACUCCAUGUCGUGUGGUGAGAAUUGUUUAGGAGAUGAGUGCGACUCAAAUUCCGGAAAAUGCAUGAGAGGUUGUAAAGCAGGAUGGGAGGGAACUUUCUGCAACCAAACUUGCGAUGGUGAUUAUUCUGGUCAGAACUGUUAUAAGAAGUGCAGUGACCAUUGUAAACACGGGAAUACAUACUGUAACAAGGUUGACGGAAAAUGCACAUAUGGAUGCAUGGAUGGGUGGAAGGCACCAUUGUGUGACCAAGCUUGCAAUUUUGGCCAUUAUGGUAAGAACUGUAUUAAGAAGUGCAGUGACCAUUGUAAACACGGGAAUACAUACUGCAACACGGUUGACGGAAACUGCACACAUGGAUGCAUGGAUGGGUGGAAGGCACCAUUGUGUGACCAAGCUUGCAAUUUUGGCCAUUAUGGUAAGAACUGUAUUAAGAAGUGCAGUGACCAUUGUAAACACGGGAAUACAUACUGCAACACGGUUAACGGAAACUGCACAUAUGGAUGCAUGGAUGGGUGGAAGGCACCAUUGUGUGACCAAGUUUGUGAUAAUGGUUAUUAUGGUCAAAACUGUACUCAAAGAUGCAGCUACCAUUGUAAUCAUGGGAAUACAUACUGCAACGCAGUAUAUGGAACUUGCACAAAUGGAUGCGCACGUGGAUGGAAGGAACCAUACUGUAAAACUUGUGAUCGUGGUUAUUUUGGUCAGAACUGUAAGAAGUGCAGUGACCAUUGUAAAAACGGGAAUGAAUACUGUAACAAGGUUAAUGGAAAAUGCACACAUGGAUGCAUGGAUGGAUGGAAGGCACCAUUGUGUGAAAAAGCCUGUGAUGCUGGUUUUUAUGGUCGAAACUGUGGAGAAACGUGUAGUGAACAUUGUGCGGGUGGAAGCGGAAACUGUAAUACUACUACUGGAUAUUGCGAAAUGGGUUGUCAGUCAGGUUGGACUGGACUACGUUGUGUCAAUGAAUGUCCUCCUAGAAAGUUCGGUGCAGGAUGUAAAGAGGAUUGUGCUUCCACUUGCAAAUAUGGUUUUUGUGAUCAUGUCAGCGGCGAUUGUCAUGAUGGAUGCAAGCCGGGUUAUCAAGGAAAUAAGUGUGAAAGAAAAUGUCGUGUUGGAAAGUUUGGCGAAGAAUGUAAGAAGAAUUGUCCUUCUAAUUGUAACAAUAAUAUGUGUGAUCAUGUGACUGGUAAUUGUACAAACGGAUGCAAGCCUGGCUAUAAAGGAAAUACGUGUGGAGAAAAGUGCCUAGCUGAAACAUAUGGUGUAGGAUGUAAGGAGAAUUGUCCACUAAAUUGCAAAACUGGUAUUUGCAAUCAUGUCAACGGCGAUUGUAGUGAAGGGUGCAAUCCGGGUUAUCGAGGAAGAAAGUGUGAAGAAGAAUGUAAUAACGGUUACUAUGGUGAUAAUUGCGCCAAUCAAUGCAAUGCCCAUUGUAAAGAGGGGGACACAAUAUGUAGACAUACGGAUGGAGUAUGUUUGAAUGGUUGCCAGGCAGGGUGGAAUGGUAAAAAAUGUGAUUCACAAUGUAGCUCUGGCAAGUUUGGUAUUGGAUGUAGCGAGAAUUGUCCUUCAAAUUGUAAACAUGAAGUGUGUGGGUAUGUUAAUGGCGAUUGUGAUGAAGGGUGCAAGCUAGGUUUUCAAGGAAAGAAGUGUAAAGAAAACUGUACAAGCGGUACCUUUGGCGAAGAUUGCCGCACGAAAUGCAGUGAUUAUUGUGUAGGCGGGGAUAAAAUGUGCAGACCUACAGAUGGACAUUGUCUGAAUGGUUGCCAGGCAGGGUGGAAUGGAACAAACUGUAUCUCAGAAUGUGACAUUGGGUUUUACGGUAAAAACUGCGCGUUCGUGUGUGGUAACUGCCAGCUUGGAAACCGUUGCGACCAUGUUACUGGCACUUGUCAUGGAGGGUGUAAAACGGGUUACAGCGGCGACACCUGUUUACAAGCAAUGCAAACGUCGAAUAUUUCGAAUUCGAUUGUGGUAGGGGGAGUAGCGGUUCUUGUCAUCUUAAUUUUAAUUGGAGUUAUUGCUUUCGUUUGGCAUAAGCAACGCAAUCAGAAUAAAAGAAAAGAUGAACAAAGAGGGGACGUGGAGCUCAGAGACGCUGUUGCGACUGCUAGCAAUGAAAAUAGAAGGCUAUCUCACGGUGGAAAAACGCAUGCAAAUACAGAUGACAGUGGAAGUGCGGCGGCAGCGGCAGGUGAUGCAAACAUUUACAACAACUUCCCGAUGCAAAGUCCCAGCAGGAAUGCCAUACCACUGUCAAACCUCCUACCAUAUGUCAAAGAGAAUCUGGCCAAUCCUGACCAUUUUGCAACUGAAUUUCAGGAAAUACCGUAUGGAAUGAAAAAGUCGUCUGCUGUUGCCAAGAAAUCGUUUAACCGUGGAAAGAACAGAUACAAGGAUAUGCAUGCAUAUGAUGAAACACGUGUUAAGCUGAAAAAACUGCCAAACAUACAGGGAUCAGAUUAUAUCAAUGCAAGUUUCAUCAAGGGACAUCACAAAGAAUAUGCCUACAUAGCGGCACAAGGUCCCAUUGACUCGAGCAUGGACGACUUUUGGAGAAUGAUCUGGGAGAAAGAUGUAUAUACCAUCGCCAUGGUAACAAACCUGGUUGAGCUAGAAAAGACAAAAUGCCAGCAGUAUUGGCCGGCUGUCGAAACCAGUACACGCUAUGGUAACGUUUUUGUUAACACGGCAUCGGAAAUUAUCUACUAUGACUUUACAAUUCGGAACUUCAAUGUAUCAUUUGAGGGAGAGCCACAACGAAAUAUUCGUCAGUUUCAUUUUACAUCCUGGCCAGAUAAAAGUGUUCCAAAGAGACCUUCAAGUUUGAUUCAGUUUUGGAGAAAAGUACGGAGGAACGAUGAAAACAAAGACCACACAUGGCUUGUGCACUGCAGUGCUGGUGUUGGUCGGACUGGUACUUUCAUUGCCCUAGACAUUUUGUAUGACCAAGGAAAAGACAAAGAAUCUAUUGAUGUGUACCAAUGUGUAAAAGAGUUACGUGACCAACGAGUGAAUAUGGUUCAAACAAAGGAACAGUAUGUUUAUCUUCACGGCUUGAUGGUCGAAGCUCUUCUUCUGUUCUCAGAACCGGUUCCAUUAGACAAUAUACACAAAGUUGUAAGAGAUCUAAAAACUGUGGAUCAGGCAACAAAGAAAACAAAAAUGCUGCUACAAUAUGAGGCAUUGAAGAAAGACAUGACUCUCCUUCGAACUGAGAAAGAAGUCAAAGAAAUGUAUUCAGCGGCUUUGCUGAAGGAAAACAGCAGCAAGAAUAGGUCCAUCAACGUUCUUCCGCCUAACGAUUUUCGACCUUUUUUAGUCACCAACAUACCAGGAUGUACAAACUACAUCAAUGCAGUCUUAACGCCGAGCUAUUGUCACAGUCAAGGUUUUUAUGUCACACAGAAGCCACUUGAAAAUACUGCAGUCGACUAUUGUCGUCUUCUUUAUGAGCUGAAUGUCAAGGUCAUUGUGAAAUUUCCUGACAACGAAAAGAAUCAUGUGGAGCCAGAUAUGUCAAUAGGACCAUUCAAGUUGAAGAAGGUGUCAGAAGAAGACAAAGUCUUCUACACAAUGACAGUGUUCAACAUGGCGUAUAGUUCAAAGAAUAAAAAGAUCACCCAGCUUGAGUUCAAAAAUUGGAACACCGACCAAAUCACGCCGACUGGUCCUGAAAACAUGCUUCAUUUCUUGCAAGAAGUAGAACGUCUAAACAGAAUCGCAGCCGACAGUCCUCUCCUUGUUCAAUGUUUGGACGGAUCGGAAAAGAGCGGACUGUUUAUAACACUGAUGACCAUAUUUGAACGUGUCCGGCUUGACAAGGAAGUGUGUAUUCCACAAGUUAUUAGGGAACUCAGAUAUAUUCGUCAGCAAUUUAUCCCGAACUUUGAGCAGUUCCAAUUUUGUUACAAUGCUGUCCUUUGUUACGUUGAUAGUCACCAAAUGUACGUAAAUCAAAUAUGUGAAUCAAAUAUGUAAAUACAACAGUUGAAAGAUGGGUCAAGGACGACACUGUUUAUGUGAAAGCUAUGAUAUGUAUAAUCAUAUAUAUUCAAUGCACUACAUUAACUCAUGAAAUGAGAGAAGUUUCUAUUGCAAUACAAGCGAAUUUCAUAUAACGAAAAUGAAUUGUAUAGAAAAAGAGUGAAUUUUGUGAUAUGACGAGAGCAAGAAUUGAGGAAUAAUAUAGUAAUAGACCAUGACCCAAUGAAACAAUAUGUGUAAAUACUGCUUUAUAUUUUUAUAAAUGUGCGCCUCAGAUGUACUAUUUAGUUUAUACUACAUAAGCUCAUGAAAUGAGGGAAGUUUCUAUUGCAAUACAAGCGAAUUUCAUAUAACGAAAGUGAAUUGUAUACAAAAAAUAGUGAAUUGUGUGAUGUGACGAGAGCAUGAAUUGAGGAAUAAUAUGCAAAGAUAGUAUAGUAAAAGACCAUGACGCAGUGAAACAAUAAGUGUAAAUACUGCUUUAUAUUUGUAUAAAUGUGCGCCUCAGAUGUACUAUUUAGUAUAUACUACAUAAGCUCAUGAAAUGAGAGAAGUUUCUAUUGCAAUACAAGCGAAUUUCAUAUAACGAAAGUGAAUUGUAUACAAAAAAUAGUGAAUUGUGUGAUGUGACGAGAGCAUGAAUUGAGGAAUAAUAUGCAAAGAUAGUAUAGUAAAAGACCAUGACGCAGUGAAACAAUAUGUGUAAAUACUGCUUUAUAUUUGUAUAAAUGUGCGCCUCAAAUGUACUAUUUAGUAUAUACUACAUUAGCUCAUGAAAUGAGAGAAGUUUCUAUUACAAUUCAAGCGAAUUUCAUAUAACGAAAGUGAAUUGUAUACAAAAAAUAGUGAAUUGUGUGAUAUGACGAGGGCAUGAAUUGAGGAAUAAUAUGCAAAGAUAGUAUAGUAAAAGACCAUGACGCAGUGAAACAAUAUGUGUAAAUACUGCUUUAUAUUUGUAUAAAUGUGCGCAACAUAUAAUUUCUAAGUAUAUACUUUUUUCUGAAAAGCAAAAUGAUGUUUGUCAAACAAAAAAUAUAAUCUAUUCACAAUUAUGCAAUGUUGGAUGUAUCAUAUGCCUACAAACUAAUGAUUUAUAUGUAUAUUUCGUGUGAAAAGCUUCGCUGAAUAUAUGCUUUGAUACAAAGCAUGUCACCCCAUUAGUGAGGUUGAAUUGAAGAAGUUUGUAUUUAAGUUAUAUAACAUAAUCUUUAUUAGGCUUCACUGUUAAAGAAUUUAGUAAUUCGACAUUUCAUUUUAUACAAUUUUUGGCACACUAGUAGAAAAAAAAUACUUAUUAGCACUUCCCUUUCGAAGAAAUAGAGAUAUAUUGCCUUGCACUUCGUCCGUCGGUUUGUAGUCCGGCUUAUAACUAAAGAAUACUUUUGUUGUAGUUUUGUGUGAGACUUUGUGUAGAGGUUUAUAAUGGCAUUAUAAUGAGUGCUGUGAGUUGAUUAGUUGACACAGUGACGUGACCAUAAAAAGCUUAUUCUAUAAAUAUUAACAGAACGCUUUGGUCUACAGUCCUGAGAUUAGUUAGAAAGUUGGUUGGUCAUAAUUUAACGAUGAAAUCAUUUCUUCAAAAAGUUAAAGAUCAUCAUGACUUAACCCUCAAGAAAAGUGUACGACCAAUUACUAGAAAUGCUUUUGCUCACAGUCCUUGGCAUGAGGAUUGAUCUGUUUCAAAUUUAUCAGUUAGUUGAAGGUGAAUAUCACAAAAAUUUGACUUCACGGAGCUUGUCUCACCAGUACAGUACUGUAUAAGUGGUCAAUUUUGCGACGUGGAAAUAUUUGCGAUUCUUGCGAAUUGAAAUUAUUCGAAAAUAUUCAAUCGCGCAAAAAUUAUUUCUUUUUAGGCAAAUUUUCUUCAAUCAUUUGAAAACACGUUUUCAUACAGCAUCUUGCGUAAAUAAGUUUUACUGUUCAGGCACUGAGAUUAAUUUUUCUCAUUGCUUGUUUGUUAAAGCUUGGUCUUAACAAAUCACAAAUGUUUGAAUGAAACAAUAUAAUCAUGUGUUAAUAACACAAUAGGUUAUUCAUUUAGUAAAAGAAUGUUUCAAAAUAGGACAAAGAAAUGUGUGAUCAGGGCCUUUAUCAAAAGUACAAUGCAGUUUUCUAACAAUUAUACAAAUAAUAAAAGGUAUUAAACAACUAAAUAGAACGAUUAAAAUCAAGGCAUAUUUAUAGCAUGUACCUGCUUUAUUAAUAAUAUCACACAAAAGUAUUAAAUACAAGAAAUCAUAUUUUCGCAAAUAGUUUCACACGCAAAAAGUCCACUUUUGACAUUUGCAAAAAAUUUGUGACGCACAAUUAUACACGUAUACAUUAACUUACAAAGCUUGUUCGAUUAAUAACUAGAGAUUGUUUAGGCCUACCGUUCUAAGAUUGUCUUAAAGAGGUUGGACAUAACUAUAAAAUGACCUCUUAAAUACAAGGUUAUUUGGUCAAAGUUUACGGUCACAGUCACAGAAAAGUCAUAAAUAGUUAGUCCAGACAGUAACAUUGGAACGCAUUGAAAUACAGUCAUAAGAUAUGUUUCUUGAGGUUAGUCACAAAUUGUAGAUUACUUUUAUUCUGAGGUAAAUAUGUCUAAGGGUAAGAUCACAAUGACAUUUGCCAAUGUAAAACUUCGCUUAUCAAUGAUUAAAGAACGCUUUGGAUUACAUAUGUUAAAUCAAGUUUGAAAGUUGAAAAUGGCCUUUAGAUCUUUACAUGUUUAAGAGGCUGCAACUGUUCUCUUAUUUUUCUUUUAAAAGUUAUUUACAGGGUGAGAAAAUGUGCAGUAAAACCGGGACUUGGAUCAUGAGGUCAAUGAAAUAUCGCAGUGCAGAUCUGUCGACAGAGCUGCCCUGACGCAUACACAUUCUUCCCUUUCCCUUUUAGUGAGUAGUUGAAUAUUGUAACAUAUGAUUGCCACCGCUUUAUUGACAUAAUAUUAUGUCCUCGAAUAUCUAUAUCAUUGAUACAGAAAACAUUAUGCAUUGACUCGGAGCUAUAUACCAUCACGGUCCUUAGUCGCAAUGUAACAGGGUGUAAAAAAAUGUGCUUACCGACCGGGACUCGAACCCGGGCCCUCCGUUUAUGUAACAUUUACAGCACGUUGUUCCAUUUCUUGAGAUAGGUAUUAAAAUAUCUUCCCUUUUUAAUGUUUUACUCAUACGGUAAAAAUUCUAGUCAGUGUGUUUUGUAUAGAUUGAGAUUUUGUAUUGUAUCCAGGUAUUGUUUAUAAUAACUCCGCUUAUCAGCUGUAGGUUGAGUGCGGUUUGAAUUUCGUAUUUCAGCACAAGAUUGAUUUUCAUAGUUCGUUUGAGGCUAGGAAUACAAAUUCUUCAUUAAAGAUAGCCAAACAAAAGUAAACAUAACUUGCUGAUAAGAAAUGAUUUACAAUAUGCAAAAUAUAAACGCUUUAAAUAUAUCGAUUCACUAUUCUAAAAAUGCCCUGAUUGGUCAAUAUAUUUUUACAAAUGUGCAUUCACUUUUUGUUUUCGGAAUAUUUCUAUAUUGUUGUGUCCGAAUUUUAUAGCUAAACGUUAAACAUUAAGGUCAGUUUCGAUACUGUAAAAUAGAUAAUUAAUCUGUUUAGGGUAUGCAUUAAUAUAUAAAAUAAAAUAAACCAAACAUAGUAUAUUUAAUCAGUACAUGACAAUAAAUGAUCUAUAGGUGUAUAAUCAAUUUACCUUGUACCUUGAUUACAUGCCAGCUUUACAAUUAUACUUGAAAUAAACACUUGAACAAUCUUA